UUCGUUGGUAAUAGGAACAACCAUUUGUUGUGCCACACACAAACGCGAAUACAAUAAUCCUAAUCAAAUUACAACUACCUCAUUUUGCAUAAUCAGUGAACUUUUAUAAAAGGAAAAUCAAGGAAAACUCUCUACCUCAAAGUACAAAAGUGCGUGAAAGAAAUAUUCCAUAUCUCCUAAAGUGCAUCAGUUUCUAAAAUUACAAUUUGGUGUCUACGAAUUUGAAACCCAAUACAUUAUAAAGCAAACCAAACAGUGUAAUUGCUUUCGCUAAGAAGAAAGUCGAAGAGACAAUCACAGAGACAACGAGUUGAUGGCCAUAUCAAUGCUCCAAGACGCACAAACACGAAAUUUAGCUGCUGCGUUAGCUGGCAUUAAGCGAGAGGAAGUCGCUGUUGAUCGUUCCAUGUCACUAUCGCCUCCCAUGUCGGCCAACACAUCAGCCACAGGCGCCAGUUCGAUGUACCCGGCCAUAGGUCUCCAACAGGCGGCCGCUGCCUCAGCAUUCGGGAUGCUGUCACCCACUCAACUCCUAGCUGCAAACCGUCAGGCGGCCGCUUUCAUGGCCCAGCUUCCCAUGAGCACAUUGGCCAACACUUUGUUUCCACACAAUCCGGCGGCUUUGUUUGGAGCUUGGGCUGCCCAGCAGUCUCUCCCAUCACAUGGCACGCAUUUGCAUUCUCCGCCAGCCAGUCCCCACUCGCCAGUGUCCACGCCCCUAGGAAGUGGCAAGCAUCCGUUAAGCUCACCCAUCAGUACGCCACAGCACAAUGAGCCGGCGAAAAAGACUCGGAAGUUGUCGGUGAAGAAGGAGUUUCAGACGGAGAUCAGCAUGAGUGUGAACGAUCUGUACCACACAUCGGGUGGUCCCAUAUCUCCGCCUUCCAGUGGCAGUUCUCCAAAUUCCACUCACGAAGGAGCUAGUGGAAAUGCAGGAGGUGGUGGCAUCUCCAAGGAUCCAUCUAGGGACAAGAGCUUCACAUGCAAAAUCUGCUCCCGCAGCUUUGGCUACAAGCACGUACUUCAGAACCACGAGCGCACCCACACCGGCGAGAAGCCUUUCGAGUGCCCCGAGUGCCACAAACGGUUUACCCGUGACCAUCACCUUAAAACUCACAUGCGUCUGCAUACUGGAGAGAAGCCAUAUCAUUGCUCGCACUGCGAUCGCCAGUUUGUUCAGGUAGCCAAUCUUCGACGGCAUUUGCGAGUCCACACUGGAGAGCGCCCCUAUACUUGUGAGAUCUGCGACGGCAAAUUCAGUGACUCCAAUCAGCUUAAGUCCCACAUGCUGGUCCACAAUGGCGAAAAGCCGUUCGAGUGCGAGCGUUGCCACAUGAAGUUCCGACGGCGCCACCAUCUGAUGAAUCAUAAGUGCGGCAUCCAGUCGCCGCCCACUCCGGCUCUGUCGCCAGCAAUGAGUGGCGAUUACCCCAUGGCAGCCACAGCAAUGGCUCUUGAGUCUUCCACCAAUAAAUUCGCGGCGAUGUGUGCUAGCUACGGAGGUUCUGAAGAGUCGGUUGAGUUAGAAAAAGGCACCUUGGAUGAAGAUGCCCCAUUGGAUUUGUCUGAGGACGGAGCCAGCUCUGUAGAUGGCCAUUGCAGCAGCAGCAUCGCACGCCGCAAAGCACAGGAUAUUCGACGAGUGUUCCGCCUACCACCCCCCCAAAUCCCUCACGUUCCCAGUGAUAUGCCUGAGCAAACCGAACCUGAGGAUUUGAGUAUGCAUUCGCCCCGUUCUGUUGGAUCUCACGAACAAACCGAAGAUAUUGACAUGGAUGAUUUGGAAGACGCUGCUGCUCUCUAUCUGCGCCAGAAUCACCAUUAGACCAGUCUAACACUUAAUUGUAUAUAGCCAUGAUCAGUUUUCAUUAGAUGAAAUUGAACGGCAUUAAUCCACCCAAAAUUAAAAAUUUUGUCAUUUCACAGUGGAGAGAAAAAUUGUUGCAACAGGAAUUUAAUGAUAAGUACAAGUAACAAAAAUUUUUAAUAAAUAAGAACUUAGAGAAUUAAAAGCAUAUAAACCAAACCAAACAAAAAAAAUAAUAAUAUUGUACAAAAUUAGAUAAACAUGUCAUAAGCUUAUCGCCGUCAACCCCCACCAAAUCAAACCGAAAAUGUUGUGCCAUUCUUAAUACUAAUUUUAUUUAUAUUCCUAGGUUUUUAAAGUCCCACAAAUUGUACAUAUUUAGCUUAUGCAACUGCCGAUUGUAAAUUAAAAGGCCUUGUGGAAAUUGUAUUUUACUACAAAAUUAAACGACAAAAAAAAAAAAAAA